CAGUAUGUCGAGCUUGAACGCCAGUCAACCGUUCCAGUUUUUGAUAAGUGUAUUCAGAGUCGCUGGUAUCUGGAAUGACCACAUUUCCUGGAGUUUUCUUCAGCUAUUCUACUUAGUAGUGGUGCAAUUGGCUUUCUUCGUAUCUUUCUUUUUAUCCAUGUGCAUAAAUCUAGCUUUUAUCGAGAGCAUUGAAAGCAUAACUGAGUCACUUUAUAUGACUCUAACUACGGUGUCAUUGAUGGUGAAGAUUGUGAAUAUUGUGAUGAAACACAAGAAACUUUUGAACUUUGUAAAGGGUAUCAAUGCAUCCUUAAUACAACCACAUACUGAAGAGGAGAUUCAGCUUUUUCGAAGAGCAUAUAAAAAUUUCAACUGGCAGAGAAAUACUUUUUUCGGGAGUGCUUAUUUCUGUCUUGUCGCUGCUUUGUAUUCUUCAGCGAUUGGAAGAGAUAGGCUACCGUUCCCCGGCUGGUAUCCUCUCGAUUGGAAAAAUAACGAAAGAUACUUUUGGAUAAUCUACGGAUAUCAAAUUUUAGCAAUGGGUUUGUCGUGUACAACAAAUGCAGCUGCAGAUUUGAUGAAUGGUUACAUGUUUUGUCAAAUUGCCAUUUUCUUUCGCAUGAUUUCAAAAAGGAUUGAAAAUAUUGGUCAUUCCGGCUACAAUGGUAAAGAGCUUCCAAACGGAGAAGCAUGUAGAAAAUUGCUGGGAUGUAUUCGAAUGCAUCAGUUUGUUACAAGGCUCGCGAAUGACGCCCAAGAUAUUUUAACUUGGCCAAUUUUUGUACAGUUUAACACUGGCGGAAUUGUACUUUGUUUUACAGCUUUCCAGAUGACUUUGCUUUCCCCAAUAGCUGAUACGGGAACCUUUUUCUUGUAUUUCCUCUUCAUGGUAUGCAUGCUCUUCGAAAACUCCUUGCCCUGCUAUUACGGCAAUGAGGUUAUUGUUGAGAGUGGUCAGGUGCUAACAUCGCUGUACUUCUCCAAUUGGCCGGCACUUUCCAUGGAGUAUAAAAAGCAUGUAUUUCACUUCAUGGAGGGUUUGAAAAAGCCAAUAACUCCGAAAGCAGGUGGAUAUUUUACAAUUGGAUUGGUCGCUCUAGCAUCGAUUAUUCGGGGUGCUUAUAGCUUGUUUGCGCUUAUUAUUAAUUUGGAAAAUUAGGAAGGAAGUUGGAAUUACCGGGCAUUCUAAUAUUUAAAUAUAUCACCCUCGAUAUGUUCGUCAAAUAUAUAUUCUUAAAUUAUAUGUGUAUUUCAGCACAUUUUUAAAUAUAGUGGAAAGUU